AAGACCAACAUCUUGGCUUGAAUUUAAGGGAAGAAAAGUCAUUAAUUGAAAAUCUGAUACGUGAAAAGCCUCCGCCAUCCCCAGAUAUGUCUAUUCGGGCAAGGCAAGCACAGGAAAAUAUGACUAAAGAAAAGUUCAGAGAACUAAAACAAGAAAACUGGUCUCUGAGCAAGGCGUACCAGGCUGUGGUUCAACAAUUUGAGGGAACAAAACAGCAAAUGGAAGAACAGCUAUUAAAGCUGAAGAGACUAGAGCAAGAAAACAGAAGACUUAAAGAAGCUGCUGAGAAGUCACAUAGAGAAGAGGAGGCUACAGAAUUACUUUGUCUCAGACGACAAGCACAAGAACUGGUAGAUGAAAAUGAUGCUUUGAAAAUGACCGUCCAUCGUUUAAAUGUAGAAUUAAGUCGCUAUCAAACUAAAUUCAGGCCAUUGUCUCAGGAAGAGCAUCUAAAACUGAAAAGUUUACCCAUGAAAGGACCACCACCACCAUGGCUGUUGGAUAUGAAGUAUUUGUCACCUCUUCUGUUGGCAUAUGAAGACAGAAUAAGAGAAAAAGAAGAUUUAAAUCUUGAACAUGAGGAGGAUAUGAAGAAUUUUAAAGUACGAGUUGAAGAGUUGGUGAAGGAGAAUGAAGACCUGCAUGAGCAAUUAAAUAAAAGUAACUUCAUUACCCCUGCAGAAUGGCAACAGCUGCAAACUCAGGCCAAGCUGGUCUUGGAAGAAAAUGGAUUGUUGAUGGAGCAACUCGAAAUUCAGCAAGCUAAAGCAAAAGAUAGUCACAGACAACAUGUUCAGGAAGCUUCAAAAUUGACCAAACAGAUAAUAAUCUUAGAAGAUAAGAAACAGAGUCAAGAAGAAGAGAUAGCAGAAUACCAGAAGCAGUUAGAAGUUUUGCGUUCUACAUGUGAAGAGCUGAAAGCCAAACUUGAUAGCAGAAUAGCAGCAGAGGAGCACUUUGCUUUGGUGAAUGAUUUAAAGAGCCAUUUACAACAGGAGCAGGAGAUAAAGCGCUGUGAGGUGGAAGAUCUAAUGGGAAAGAUAACAUCACUGCAAACUCAAAACAAGAAACUGCUUUUAGAGAAAAACAACUUCAUGGCUGACAACAAGAUCCUGGAAACGGAGGUGGAAAUGACACAAAAGACAAACAGGCGAUUAAAGAAGAAAAUAGGUCUUUUGAAACUGCAGUUGGAGGAAGCAAUGGAAAAAGAAGUUGCAGCCCAUCACUAUCUAACAAACCUUAUUGGUUUGGUGGAGAAGAUAGCUCAGGAACGUAAUCACCUUAUGCAAAAAGCUCAGAGUAUGUCCACGGAAA